AUGGAGCUCCGGACCAAGGAAGCCGCUUAUGACUUCGCCGCGAUCAGAGACCACCUCACCGCAUGUGUUGAGAUUUUAGAGGAGGCGAAGGAAGAAAUCGGCUUGUUCUAUCGGAUGCCGCCGCCGGAGAUUGUCAGCCACCGAGAUCUUUUUGAGACAAUAUGGGGAUGGGAACGUUUUUUUCCUGUCUACAACCUGAGGUACCUUGAAGAAUACUACCGAAGAAAUGCCAGAGCGACCUUGGCUCAACCGCAACCUAUGUUAUCCCUUUUUUCUCUAGUCUACCUGGGUCGCGAGAAGCAGGUUGCCAGUUCUACGCAGUCUAAUGCCACCAGUGGGCAACAGCAUGCCGAUUCUGCUGAUGUCAAUGACAACUUGGCUACUAUUCUCGUCCAUUUGUGUUGCAAAAAGGAGAAAGAAAUGGUAUCUGAAUGGAAGGAGCAGGGGUUAGAUGAUGCCUCUCCUGAGAUCAGGCUGAGCACGGCGAUUCAGAAGCAAGUCAUAAAUCUUGUGCUGCCAAAAAAGAAGCGUAUCAUACCUCCUGUUAUUCUAGAUUGCAUCAAUUGUAUCAUGAAGGAAGCUGACUUGAGCCUUGUGUCGAUGAGGAAGGGGAUAAGGAAGGGGUCGCUUGCUGAUGACUGUGAUGGAAACUUGAGCCAUAACAUUCGUUAUGAGGUGUUUUGUCUCAUUAAAAAGUAUUGGCGUGCACAUCCGUCCUCUGCUUCUGUUGCUACAUGUGCUGUCCUGUUUUCUGGUGAUAUGGAAGCAUAUGUGCUUAAGACAGCUACAACUGAGGGCUUUUGCUAUUGGGACUACGUUGAUCCAGAUGCAAUAGACAUGCCUGCCUGGUGUGGAAGUGCUAAAGUGCACGUCGAUGGCUCUGAUGAGUUAAGCAAGGAAAAGCAUUCAACUAAAAACAAGAUGAUACAGAUGCUCCAUGAAGAUGCCCAUAUCCAUCCUUGCUACCUGGAAAAGUUCAAGCAUUCGUCAUGA